AUGGUGAAACGGUCGCCCCAUCUCCCGCGGUUCGAUGAGCGGUUCAUCAACUAUGGGUACAACAAAGUGCAGUGGCUGGAGCAUCUGCGCUGGGUCGGCUUCGACUUCCAGGUUUUGACGCGCGGCUUCGCGGUGGACGUUCCGCACGCGCACUCGCGGCAUUGGGCGCGGUUUGUGGAGCAGCUGUACGGGAAGUUGGAGCCGGGGCAGUCGCGCGUGAUUCCGAUGCAGAGCCUGUAUGAUCAGUUCCAGCGCGAGCUGCGCCGGAACUUCACGUCGAGACAAGUGGUGAAAAAGUGCUUUGCUGUUUGA